AUGCACGAAUACCAUGGAUAUAAUCUCGAAGCUUACAUUCUUACUUUGUUUUCAACUGUAGCGUCAAUCUAUCGACACCAGUCACUACGAGCAUCAAUCAAUGUGGUCGUUGUAAAAAUUAUUAUCCUUAAACAUGAAAACGCUGGUCCACACGUCACAUCGAAUGCCCAAGACACACUACAGCAGUUUUGUCGUUGGCAGCAGCUGUACAACGACCGCGACGACGACAGCCCAAACCAUCACGACGUAGCCAUUCUACUGACCCGAGGCGACAUUUGC